AUGCCCCAGCAAACAGCACGCGGUUGCAAGCACGCGCUCUCCAGCGAAAUUCAGUCUAGGAGCGCGCGCGAGCCAGCCAUCCUACUGCAGCCACCAGUAACGCGCUGCUCGCCUCACGGAUUUCUCCAAUACACGAAAUGCGUAAGGCCGCAUCCACACGUUUGGACUCAUUUCCGCCCCUGCUUCCCCUCAUUUCCGCCCCUGCUUCCCCUCCUUUCCCCCCACGCAUCCCCUCAUUUCCGCCCCUGCUUCCCCUCAUUUCCGCCCCUGCAUCCCCUCAUUUCCGCCCCUGCUUCCCCUCCUUUCCCCCCACGCAUCCCCUCAUUUCCGCCCCUGCAUCCCCUCAUUUCCGCCCCUGCUUCCCCUCCUUUCCCCCCACGCAUCCCCUCAUUUCCGCCCCUGCAUCCCCUCAUUUCCGCCCCUGCUUCCCCUCCUUUCCCCCCACGCAUCCCCUCAUUUCCGUCCCUGCAUCCCCUCAUUUCCGUCCCUGCAUCCCCUCAUUUCCGCCCCUGCUUCCCCUCCUUUCCCCCCACGCAUCCCCUCAUUUCCGCCCCUGCUUCCCCUCCUUUCCCCCCACGCAUCCCCUCAUUUCCGCCCCUGCAUCCCCUCAUUUCCGUCCCUGCCUCCCCUCCUUUCCCCCCUUGCUUCCCCUCCUUUCCCCCACUUCUUCCCCUCCUUUCCCCCACUGCUUCCCCUCCUUUCCCCCACUGCUUCCCCUCCUUUCCCCCACUGCUUCCCCUCCUUUCCCCCACUGCUUCCCCUCCUUUCCCCCACUGCUUCCCCUCCUUUCCCCCACUGCUUCCCCUCCUUUCCCCCACUGCUUCCCCUCCUUUCCCCCACUGCUUCCCCUCCUUUCCCCCACUGCUUCCCCUCCUUUCCCCCACUGCUUCCCCUCCUUUCCCCCACUGCUUCCCCUCCUUUCCCCCACUGCUUCCCCUCCUUUCCCCCACUGCUUCCCCUCCUUUCCCCCACUGCUUCCCCUCCUUUCCCCCACUGCUUCCCCUCCUUUCCCCCACUGCUUCCCCUCCUUUCCCCCACUGCUUCCCCUCCUUUCCCCCACUGCUUCCCCUCCUUUCCCCCACUGCUUCCCCUCCUUUCCUCCACUUCUCUGCCUCGCCUUUCACCCCCGUGCUUCCCCUCCUUUCCCCCACUGCUUCCCCUCCUUUCCUCCACUUCUCUGCCUCGCCUUUCACCCCCGUGCUUCCCCUCCUUUCCCCCACUGCUUCCCCUCCUUUCCUCCACUUCUCUGCCUCGCCUUUCACCCCCGUGCUUCCCCUCCUUUUCCCCACUGCUUCCCCUCCUUUCCUCCACUUCUCUGCCUCGCCUUUCCCCCCCGUGCUUCCCCUCCUUUCCCCCACUGCUUCCCCUCCUUUCCUCCACUUCUCUGCCUCGCCUUUCCCCCCCGUGCUUCCCCUCCUUUCCCCCACUGCUUCCCCUCCUUUCCUCCACUUCUCUGCCUCGCCUUUCACCCCCGUGCUUCCCCUCCUUUCCCCCACUGCUUCCCCUCCUUUCCUCCACUUCUCUGCCUCGCCUUUCCCCCCCGUGCUUCCCCUCCUUUCCCCCACUGCUUCCCCUCCUUUCCUCCACUUCUCUGCCUCGCCUUUCCCCCCCGUGCUUCCCCUCCUUUCCCCCACUGCUUCCCCUCCUUUCCUCCACUUCUCUGCCUCGCCUUUCCCCCCCGUACUUCCCCUGCUUUCCCCCACUGAUUCCCCUCCUUUCUUCUCCUCAUCCCUCCUCACCCCAUCCUUUCUUCUCCUCAUCCCUCCUCACCCCAUCCUUUCCUCUCCGCAUCCCUUCUCACCCCAUCCUUUCUUCUCCUCAUCCCUCACCCCAUCCUUUCUUCUCCUCAUCCCUCACCCCAUCCUUUCUUCUCCUCAUCCCUCCUCACCCCGUCCUUUCUUCUCCGCAUCCCUUCUCACCCCAUCCUUUCUUCUCCUCAUCCCUCACUCUACCAACUGGUUAUUGAACGUAGUGCUUUGUUUACAUACUGUGUUAUGGUAG